AUGUUGGUAGGUGCUGGUGAGGGCUGGCUGCUGGCCGCUGGUCUUUUAGGUGUGGUUGGGUUCUGCAGGCCCAAGAGGGAAAGGCGGGAAGUGGGCGGCAGCCCAGAGACCACCGAAGAAGGGAUGGCCAGAGACGGGGAAAUAUCAGGAAAUGACAAUUACGGAAGUUCCUCACGGCACCAGAAAUGCAGGAGAUGGGAGAGGCUGUUGCUGGGUGAGGAAGGGUUGAGUGAGGUUGAGGUCGAGGUUGAGGUUGAGGUUGAGGUUGUUCAAACGAGGAUGGAUGAUGAAGCAUAUAGAAUGGGGGGGUUACCGUCAACUAGGAGUGGCAGUCAUAAGAGAUAG